AUGGCCUCCUUAAAUGGAAAACACUGCAAGUCCAAAGAUACCAAGACUCCAAGCGCGAAAACUCAAGCUCUUCGACCUGCAUCACCACCCAAAAUAAAUCCGUGGACGAAAAAGCGACCAGCGACCUCACUGGCGCCAGACUGGCCGAGCAUCACGCCGGACUUCGAGAAUAUCAACGAAACGACCAAAACAAACAAACCCAAAGAGGCCAAGGCCCAAAAUCAAAAGCGUCCAGACACGAAAAGUAGCUGCACUGUCGAUAGUAAAAAUGACAAUCAAGCUUCGCCGUCAAGGAAGAUCUUCCAGGCGGCUGCGCCGCGAGCCGCUUAUGGUUACGACCUUUUGGAGCGGACGUUUUCGUCUGCGCAUGUCCUGACUCGAAAGACUGUCAAAACCUGCACUACCAAUUUGCAAUACAUCGUCGCAUCGUGGAACCUCAAUCAGGAAAACCCUGAGACCGAUGUGCAUAUCGUGCACCUCCCAUUCUGCCACAUCGGCGUCCCAUUCCCUCUGCGAUUCAUGUAUACUCACACUCUUGAAAUAUUAGACGGUGAUCGAAAGAGUCUCCUCGAUUUGGCCCUCCAUAUCGCACGCGGUGCAUUGUUGUAUAUGGGUGCCAUGGAUCUCAAAGUUGAUGCGAUGCAGGACCACAUCAUCCGAGUUCUUCAACAAACGGCACAGGACUUGACGUGCAACCUUGUUAAAACACUCAGCAGCCAAACGAUGGAUCAUACAGACGUUGUUGAUACAGUCCGUUACCUCCAAAACGCAUUGGAAGUUGCUUAUGAGAAUAAAUAUUAUGGGGAAACUCUAUUGCUGCGGUUGAGUCUGGCCAAGUUCCUAGACACGCUACUUCCCUGUCUCAUUAGACAUGCGGUGUUUGUCGAUUUGCUUUCUACAGAUGUAUGGAAGAGGCAUUCGGCAGCGAUAUCCGCUGACCUUCUUGCUGUUCGACAGGCAAAAGAGGGUACUGGUGAGACUUAUGUAGCCUUAUGA